GCCCCACCCACAUACAUUCGCACGUGCUGGCUUUAUAAUAAUGUACAGCGAGCGCGCUGCACGCGUGUCAGAUGAUGUUUACUACAGCACGCGCACUACGCUCGAGACAGCAGCGCGUGAAGAAGGCGACGCAUGUGCCGGAUUAUGAUUGUCAAUGUUUGGAGAAUGCCGCCGCUGACGCUCGUCUGCGCGAUGCUGUGCGUCUCCGCGUGCGUCGCGGCGUUCUGCCCGCCGCGCUGCGAGUGUUCGGAGACGCAACGCACGGUGAGCUGCGCGUCCGCUGGACUCUCCCGGAUACCUGCCGCGAUACCGCGCGACGCCACGCGCCUGAGCAUCACCGGAAACUCCAUUCAGCGUCUCGAGCAGAGCGCGUUUAACGCGCUGCAGAAUGUCACUCACCUGAACCUGAGCAGUAACGGAAUUAUGGAGGUGGGCUCGCAGGAGUUCUCAUCUCUGCAGACGCUGCGUUCUCUGAUCCUGAACGACAACCGUCUGGUUCUGAUCCAUCCCGAAGCCUUCUCCGUCCCCGGAAGUCCUCUGCAGGAGCUCAGUCUCAGGUCUUCUCUUCAUAACUACACCUCCCUGACAGACCUCAUCACUGCCCUGCGCUGGGGUCGGCUCUCAAGCCUGCAGCGUCUCGACCUGUCAGCCAAUCACCUCGUCCUUCUGCCUCCGGCCAUGUUUUCCCCUCUGCCCAACCUGCAGCAUCUCCAUCUGAGCGAGAACUCCCUGUCGGCCGUGCACAGCAGCGCAUUCUCCGGCGUGGAGCGGCUUCUGGAGCUGGACCUGACCCGAAACGCCAUGCGCAGCUUCAGCGGCGAGGGUCUGCGGGAGCUGGAGCGACUGCCUCGCGUCCGGCUGCUGUUGAGUCAGAAUCCGUAAGCGUGCACGUGUGACACGGAAGAGUUUGUGAACUGGCUGAACUCUUCGAGGGUCAGGGUGGGGGAUGUGGAGAAGCUGUUUUGCGCGUUCCCGGCGGCGCUGCGGCACGUCUCGCUGCUGGCUCUGAGCGCUCAGGCCCUCGGGUGUCGCGUCCAACCCGUGGGCGAAGAGGUCAUCCACUUGACCCUUCAGACAUCUUACGUGUUCCUCGGACUCGUGCUGGGAUUCGUGGGAAUGGUCUUCCUCUUUGUGGUCUAUCUUAACCGAAAGGGCAUCAAGAAAUGGAUCGCCGACUUUUAUGAAGCCUGCAGAGACGUGCUGGAGGGUUAUCAGUACCGCUAUGAACUUGACUCCGAUCCACGACUGCAGCAAGUCUCACAGGAUCGAGCUCAAGCGGACACGCGUGUGGGACGUGUCCCGUCUGCGGUCCACGCUGCACAGAUUCCGUCUGAUGUGGCGUUAUAACCGCGACACAAAGAACUGUGCGAUGUGUGUCUUUAGAGAUGUUUGUUGCGUUUCGGUGUGUAGAAGAGUGAAAACUGGAUCAAACCUUUAGACAUCAGAGCCAUGAAGCAUAGUUUCCUUCUUACUAGAUAAAGGAUAUCGUUUUGUCAACUUUUAGCAUUUUAAAGCACACAGAUGGCUUUAAAGUGACAGUUCAGCCAAAUGAAAUGAAAUUCUUUCAUCAUUUACUCAAACCUGUGCGAGUUUCUUUCUUCAUCAGAACACAACAGAAGAUAUUUUGAAGAAUGUUGACGAUCAAACAACACUGAGCUCCAAUGACUUCCAUUGUAUGAACACGAAACCAGAGACAUUUCUCAAAAUAUCUUCUGUUGUGCUCCACUGAAUUUAGAUUUUUGGCUGAACUCUUCUUUUCAAGCGAACAUUUGUGAAGCAAAAUCUACAUCCAUAAGAUGGGACACACGUGUGGUGAAAUGAAGUAAUGUGAAUGAGAACAACAUUUUGUUGAAUGAUACACAAACACUGCUGUAUUUAUGAUUAACACAAUUCAAUCACAACAUCUCUCUGUCUAAUGUUCUGUGAUCAAUCUGACGCUUUCAUAAGAUAUACACCAGAUUCAUAUUCUCCGCUCCGAACGGCCCCACGCGCACGCACACACACACACACACACACACGCACGCACACAGGUACAGCUUGUGUCCUCAUUAUUUGGUUAUGGCUCAUCUCACUGCUGGUUGAGGAAGAAGAGGAAGAUGAAGACAGGGUGAAAAUGGGGCACAAUGAAGGAUUUGGAGUGUUCCCUGUGCGUGUGUGUGUGCGUGCGUGCGUGCGUGUGUGUGUGCAUGUGUGUGUGUGUCUGCUGGAGCUCACGGCUAAUGACUGCAAUUGAACAAGAGCAGACAGCCCAUAUUAAUCUGUGUCUUUGCUUUUGGCAAAGAAGUCUAUUAGAGAGGGAGAGAGUGUGUGUGUGUGUGUGUGUGUGUGUGUGUGUGUGUGUGUGUGUGUGUGUGUGUGCGUGCGUGUGUGUGUGUGUGUGUGUGUGUGUGUGUGUGUGUGUGUGUGUGUGGCAUUACGUUGAAAUGAAGUCCAACCCAAAUUGUCUUUAAAAUCCAUUUGUUGCCAAGCAGGCCAGUGUGAAUUUCUGUAGAAAUAAAAAUUUUCGGUGGAUAUAUGUAAAUAAAAG